AUGGCUCCAAAGACAGAGAAGAAGUCCCGCAGCACCAUCAACGAGGUCGUCACUCGUGAAUACUCCAUCCAUAUUCACCGCCGCAUCAAGGGAAUCGGAGCCAAGAAGCGCGCCCCACGUGCCAUUGACGAGAUCAAGAAGUUCGCCAAGAUCCAAAUGAAGACUGAGGAUGUCCGUAUCGACACCAAGCUCAACAAGUUCAUCUGGUCCAAGGGAAUCAAGAACGUCCCAUUCAGAGUUCGUGUCCGUCUCUCCCGUCGCCGUAACGAGGAUGAGGACUCCACCCACAAGCUCUACACCCUCUGCACCUACGUUCCAUGCACCAACUUCAAGGGACUUACCAACGUCAAUGUUGACAGCGAGGAAUAA